AUGCAUUCAGUUAGCAGAGAUCAGUCCGCAAACAUGCUCUGGAAACUAGUGGAAAAUGUCAAGUAUGAAGAUAUUUACGAGGACCGGCACGAUGGAGUCCCCAGCCACAGUUCCAGGCUGUCCCAGCUGGGCUCCGUGUCCCAGGGACCCUACUCCAGCGCCCCGCCGCUCUCGCACACGCCCUCCUCGGACUUCCAGCCGCCGUACUUUCCGCCGCCCUACCAACCGCUCCCCUACCACCAGAGCCAGGACCCGUACUCGCACGUGAACGACCCGUACUCGCUGAACCCGCUGCACCAGCCGCAGCAGCACCCCUGGGGCCAGCGGCAGCGGCAGGACGUCGGGAGUGAAGCGGGCUCUUUGCUGCCGCAGCCCCGGGCCUCUUUGCCGCAGCUCUCGGGACUCGACCCGAGGCGGGACUACUCUGUGCGGCGGCCGGACGUGCUUCUGCACGCCGCCCAUCACGGGCUGGACUCGGGGAUGGGCGACAGCCUGGCGCUGCACGGUCUGGCGCACGGGAUGGAGGACGUGCAGGCCAUUGACGACGGUGGGAUGAAUCUACUGGAUCAAUCAGUCAUUAAAAAAGGUAAAGAUUCUGAGACCCGCAUGCCUCAAAAGAGCGUGGCUUCUCUUAUGAUGAGCAAAGACGGCUUAAUCGGCGGGAUAAGCGUGAACGCAAACGAGGUGUUCUGCUCCGUACCCGGCCGUUUAUCACUCCUCAGCUCCACCUCGAAAUACAAAGUGACCGUUGGCGAGGUUCAGCGACGUCUCUCCCCGCCAGAAUGCCUCAACGCCUCGUUGCUAGGCGGCGUUCUACGAAGAGCAAAAUCCAAAAAUGGGGGAAGAUCAUUGAGAGAAAAACUGGAAAAAAUCGGUUUGAAUUUGCCCGCCGGUAGGCGCAAAGCCGCAAACGUCACUCUUCUAACGUCACUUGUAGAAGGGGAAGCGGUACAUUUAGCCAGGGACUUCGGCUACAUCUGCGAAACUGAAUUUCCGACGAAGGCGGUAUCCGAAUAUCUAAACAGACAGCACACGGACCCCAACGAACUGCAUUCGAGGAAAAACAUGCUCCUGGCGACAAAGCAGCUUUGCAAGGAAUUCACAGACCUCCUGGCCCAGGAUAGGACGCCGCUAGGCAACAGCCGACCCAAUCCCAUCCUGGAGCCGGGAAUCCAGAGCUGCCUUUCCCAUUUCAGCUUCAUCACGCACGGAUUCGGCUCUCCCGCCAUCUGCGCCGCGCUGACGGCGCUCCAGAACUACCUGACCGAGGCCCUGAAAGGACUGGACAAAAUGUUCCUGAACAACACCACGAACCGGCACACAUCCGGGGACGGACCCGGCUCCAAGACGUCCGACAAAGACGAGAAACACCGGAAAUAA